AUGGAACAGGUAAUAGACUCAUGGGGACUCGCCCCCAAUAAGUUGUUAAAACCAAGUGAUAGUUUAUAUAUAAAUAAGUAUAAUAAUAAUCAUAAUAAUAAAGGGACAGCUUUGUAUACACCAGAAAGUCAAUCAAAUGCGUUCAUGAAUUCUAAUGCUAAUAAUAACACUAUUAUUGAUAAAAUUAAUGAUACUAAUAGUGUCGACAGCAAUGCUAAUGUUACAGCUAAUAACAAUUGUAUUAUUACCACUACCAAUAAUGUUGCCACUGAUGAUUUAUUUGAUAUGAACUAUUACGACAUCGAUAAUUUUUUGACUCAAGAAUUAAGAGAUUUAGAUAUUCCAAUAUUACCUAAUACACAAGAUUCGUCGAUAUCUAAUGGUGAUGAUCAAUUGUUAAACUGGAAUAGUUAUUCAAAUUGUCAGAAUAAUAAUGAUAAUAGUAAUUACGGUAUAAUUGAGGAUACUGGCAAUAAUAUUUAUACGAAUAAAUCACAAAAUAUGCCUUCCCAUAAGAGAGGGUUAAGUGGUACUGCUAUUUUUGGGUUUACAAAUCAUAAUAAAACCCUAAGUAUAUCAAGUUUACAAAGAUCUGGUUUAGAGAAUAUUCCUAUUUCUAUUAAUACUGAUAACAAAAAUAGAAAUUCCCCUAAUGUUCUUAACCAAUUUGAUGAAAAGGAUUCAAAUAUUACUAAUGAUCUAAUUGAACAGGAAGAUGAAGUUAGUAAAUUAAUCUUUAGACAACAACAGGAACUGAGACAGGCAUUAGAGAAACAAAAAUUGGUUAAUCAGAAGUUACAAGAACAACUAAGAGCAAAUCAAUUGCAACAAGAAAGGUUGCAAAGAGCUUUAGAAGAGCAAGCUAAUUGUACGUCUCCAGUAUUGAGAAACAACAAAAAUCAUCAAACUAAUAAUAAUGCAUCACCUUCACCACAAAGAAGUUAUAGGACACCUGCUAAGAUGACAACAGAAGAUGAAUUGAUUGUAACAAGUAACUCAGCUGAUGGCAAAUAUCAAUUCCCACCUCCUUCAAUGUUAUCUCCUGCAUUGUCAAACACUUCAUUGACAGGUUCUCCAAUAAAAAGAUCUCAUAAUAGAACAAGGAAUCCGGUUUUCUCCUUAUCAAAUUCUUUAAUGGCUUCGUCGUUAUCUCCAAAUAAAUGUAAAAAUAAUUUAUCAAAUUUUGAUGAUAAGAUAAAUGAUCUAUUCCAAGAUAUGAAUGAUGAAGCGAAUAAAAAAACAGUCAUUGAACCAUUGAAUUCACCAUUCUUCAAUUUGACAUCACCAUCUUUUAGAUCACAAAAGCAUCUAAAAAAGGAAUCAGUGACUUCCACAGUUUCUACUAUCCCAUUAUCCGCUUGUGAUAGCGAUAUUGAAACAGGAAAUGGUCAAGAAUUGCUAGGUUUAGGUAUUACUCUUGCAGAUGAUCAAAAUGACAAAGAUAAUAAAUAUAGUAGUAGUAAUGAUAAUAAUAUAGUAAAAACAAAGAUUAUUAAUAAAACACGUCAGCUUCCCGCAAAAGUAGAAAUAAUGCCAACUAUUCCUGCAUCCUCUGAAAAUACACCGAUGAAGCAAUCUCUAUCACAAAAUAAAGAAGCUGGUACUUCAAUAAAUGAUUCAAGAGGGGACAUUCCUCAGAAACACAUAUUUCAACAUACUCCAAUCAAACAAAAACCAGAAAUGGUCGUUAUUAAUGACACUGCUACACCAGUAUUGCAGCCACCUUUAAAUUUCGCAAAUAUAUCGCCAUCUAAUAGCAUAUUUCAAAGAACAACUCUAUCACCUAGUUACAUGGGCGAAAGAACUAUAGUAUUAGGUAGUCCUCAGAUGCCUCCACCAGUGGAAACACUUAUGGGUCCAAUAAAAAUUACGAGGAAACUAUCGACUUUACCUAGAGGUUGUAUAGAUCAAUAUGUGAAAGAGCUACCUGAUAAACAAUAUUUAUGUCUUUAUCCAGGUUGUGGCAAACAUUUUAAAAGGCGUUAUAACAUUAGAACACACAUUCAAACACAUUUGGAAGAUCGACCUUAUGUAUGUGAUUACCCUGGCUGUGAUAGAGCGUUUGUAAGAAAUCAUGAUUUGAUAAGGCACAAGAAACUUCAUUUAAAUAAAUCUUUUAGUUGUCCAUGUGGUAAGAAAUUUGCCGAUGGAGAUUUAUUGAAACAACACCAAUCAUUGAUGCUUUGUCAGAAUAUCAAGAAAUAUGAUAACUUCAUGGUGAUUAAGAAAACUGCAACAUCAUCUCCAACACGAAAUUCUACAGUCUCCACUUCUGAAUCACCUGCAAAGAAGCAUAGGGAUAGUUCGGAGAGUCCAGUUAAACGUAGCGUGGAAACAGAUAACACAGGCUAUGUUCAAAACAAGUUGGAAGAACAGUUAUCUUUAAAAUAUAUUCAGCAAUAUACACCAAGGGAUAAUAAAUCACCUAUUGAGAGUCCAUCUACACCAUCAAGUUAUGAUAAUUUGCAUAAGUAA